AUGUAUAUACCAAUUCCAAUUCCAACUCCAACUUCAACUCCAACUCCAACUCCAACUCCAACUCCAACUCCAACUCCAACUCCAACUCCAACUCCAACUCCAACUCCAACUCCAACUCCAACUCCAACUCCAACUCCAACUCCAACUCCAACUCCAACUCCAACUUCAAUUCCAACUACAACUCCAACUCCAACUCCAUUACCAAAUCAAACUCCAACACCAACACCAAAUCCUCAAUUGAUCCCAAGUCCACAACCAAAACCAAGACUAAAACAAAGACCAACUCCAAACCCCAACUCCAACUCCAAUUACAAUUUUAAAUUUUAUUUUUAUUAA